AGAAAUGUAUUUAUUAUAGCUUCUACUGUUCUUGAAUGUCUUGAUAACUGCAAGCUCUUUGAAAGUAACCAAACGAUUCUUCGCAAGUUGGGAGUGAAACUUGUUCAACGACUUGGUCUGACAUUUCUUAAGCCAAAGGUGGCAAAGUGGAGGUAUCAACGGGGAUUCCGAUCUUUAGCUGCAAAUCUACAAUUUUCUAGUGGAGGUCUCAUUCCGCAGAAGAUAGAAAAUGUAACAGUUAACACAGGAGAAGAGGAGGAAGAGGAGGAAUAUGAUAUUCCAGGAGAGGUUGAAAAUGUUAUAGAACAAUUGUUGAUUGGAUUAAAAGACAAAGAUACUAUUGUGAGAUGGUCUGCAGCAAAAGGGAUUGGCAGGUUGACUGGAAGGCUGCCAAAAGAGUUAGCUGAUGAUGUUGUUGGGUCUGUAUUGGACUGCUUCAGUUUUCAGGAAACUGAUAAUACGUGGCAUGGUGGAUGUUUGGCCCUGGCUGAAUUAGGAAGAAGAGGCUUGUUACUACCUUCCAGGCUAUCAGAUGUCGUUCCUGUGAUUUUGGAAGGACUAACUUACGAUGAAAAACGGGGACCUUGCAGUGUUGGCUCCAAUGUACGGGAUUCUGCUUGCUAUGUAUGUUGGGCUUUUGCUCGUGCCUAUGAUCCUCUAGAACUGAAGCCUUUUGUUAACCAGAUUGCAAGUGCCCUGAUUAUAGCUGCUAUAUUUGACCGUGAUGUUAACUGCAGAAGAGCAGCCUCGGGAACUUUUCCACAUGGAAUUGACAUUGUGACUACAGCUGAUUAUUUUGCUGUUGGUAACAGAGCUAAUUGUUUUCUCAAUAUAAGAGGUUUAGGUGGAGAACUAAUGAGGCCAGCUGUCUGCACUUUGAUUGAAAAGUUGUCACUUUCAAAAAUGCCUUUUAGAAAAGAUCCCAUAAUUGGUGAUUGGCAGUGGCUGAUAAAUGAUAGUUUACAAAGCCUUCAUCUUAUUUCAAGCAAUUCAAGACAGCAAAUAAAAGAAUCAGCAGUAUCUGCGUUAGCUGCUUUAUGUAAUGAAUAUUACUGCAAUGAAGAGGGAGGAGCAAAUCCAGCUGAGCAAGAUUUGCUGGUGCAAUACAUUUCAGGCCUUCAAAGACAUGAGGAAAUGAUUCGCUGUGGUUUUUCACUAGCCUUGGGUGCCCUUCCAAAGUUCCUUCUAAAAGGCAAACUCCAGGAGGUUUUAGACGCUUUGAAAAAAGCCACUUCGAUUUCUGGAGGUGUGAGUUUUGCUGAAUCCAGAAGAGAUGGCCUGAAAGCGGUUGCACAAGUUUGCUUGACAGUAGGGGUGAAUGGAGAAGGAUCACCAAAUGAAUUUGUGUGUAAAAGUAACGUUACAGAGAUAUACAACAUAUUGUUGGAUGGUGUGAAUGAUUACACAACAGACAGCCGAGGCGAUGUUGGAGCACGGGUGAGGGAAGCUGCUAUGAAGAGUUUGAUGGAAAUAACCCUGUUGUUAACCAGGACUGAGCCAGCCUUAAUUGAUGCAAACGUGGCAGAAGCUGUAACUUUCAAUUGGAGUGCUCCAUCCCAGGCCUUCCCCAGAAUCACACAGCUUUUGGGAUUAGCGUCCUAUCGCUACCACAUUCUGACAGGCCUCACUGUAUCAGUUGGAGGUUUAACUGAAUCAACAGUAAGGGAAUCAAAACUUACUUGCUUGGAACAGUUUUAUCACUUAACAUACGGAAGGGAUAUUUUAAGAAUAUUACUUAAGAGUUCUUAUGUAUACUUUUUUUCGUCUCCAAACAGGGAUGCAGACUUGCCAUUUCUGAGGAAGCAGCGGAAUGACCUCUGUGACUUAAUGGAUGUGCCCAAGCCCCAAUUGAUAGUGAAGUUGAACAUUGCAUCCAUUAGCACAAGUAUAAACAUAGUGCACUACUCUGCAACGAAAGUCAAUAUAGGAGGUUGUUCUAAACUAUGGAUUGGACAAUGCCUGAAGGAAACUUUAGUUGUAGAUCGACAUUUUAAAGCUGUUACUAACAGAUUACUUACAACAUUCUGUGAAUCUUACAAGUAA